AUGACGCUUUGCCCAGCAUUCUCGUCUUUUCCAGAGAAUCUGGAACCUUUUCCCGUGGUCUACCUUUCCCAAGCCCUUGCAGGGACCAGCCGGGCUCCUCGGUUACCUCCCUCCUUCCAGUUUUUAGGCUCAAGAGAGCAACUUGAAAUGCUUUGGGGAGCAAAAGGGUGCUCUUCUUACUUGCAUGCAUCUCCUUUCCAGGAGAAGCCAGCCUUACCCAGAGGCAGGAAAAUCUGCUACGCCAUUGGGGGUGCCCCAUAUCAGCUCACGGAAAACGUUGUGGGGUUUUUCUUUCAGACGUUCCUCUUGGAUGUUGUGCAGAUGGAGCCGUUCCAUGCGUCGCUGGUCCCUUUCCUCGGGCGAGCCUGGAACAUCCUGGCGGACCCUGUCGUGGGGAUCCUGGUCUCCAGGAGCCCCAGAAGGAAAUGUGGGAAACUGAUCCCCUGGACCGUCUCCUCCACGCCCUUCGGGGUUGUCUUCUACAUCCUGCUCUGGUUUGUCCCCUCUGAGUCUCUCUCGGCGCCUCAGAAGUUCUUUUGGCACUGGACCAUGUACUGCUUGUUCCAGACCUGCAUGAGCUGCUAUCACGUACCUUAUUCCUCGCUGACCAUGUUUCUUGGAGGAAGCGAAAAAGAGCGGGAUUCUGCAACGUCAUUCAGGAUGGCGGUGGAGGUGCUGAGCACUUUGGUGGGAUCCUGUAUCCAGGCACAAAUGGUGGGCAGUCAUCAUGCAGCCAUGAAGAAUAGCUGUGACCCGGGGAACGUGACCCUGAGCAACGCCUCCCUCCUGCUGCCGGACACUCUUGACCAGACUCGCAAGGCCUAUGUGGGGGCUUCCCUGGUCCUCGGCUCCAUUUAUUGCUUCUCCUGCCUCGUGCUUUUCUUCGGCGUAGAAGAGCAUUCCCAUCCAUCUUCUGGCUCUUUCAGGAAGACCAGUCUCUCGGGCUUCCUCAAACUGGCCGCCCACAGACCCUUCACCCAACUCCUGGGCUGGUUCCUGCUCGUGUCUCUUGCCUUCCAGCUCAUCCAGGGGAGUUUUGUCCUCUUCAACACGCACGUAAUUGGACAGGCUGAGAACUUCCAGUACUUGCUGCUCAUUAUGCUGGGGGUGGCCUGUGUCUCCAUCUACCUCUGGCAGUGUUUUCUGGAAAGAUUUGGGAAGAAGACGACCGUCUACGUAGGACUAUUGCCAAUGAUCCCCGUCCUCACUGUCCUCACCUUGGGUACUCACGGCUUCCUGGUCUACGUCCUGCUGGUCGCCGUGGCAGGGAGCAGCCUCGCCAUCCUCUACUUGUUGCCGUGGUCCAUGCUUCCGGAUGUGGUGGAUGAUUUUAAGCUCCAUCCAAAGAAUGCAGACCCCACCUGUCACAACCUGGAGCCUCUUUUCUAUUCGUCGUUCUUCUUCGUCAACAAGCUGGCAGGCGGGAUUUCUCUUGGCGUUUCCACCAUGAGCUUACACUUUGCAGGCUACCGGGCCACGGACUGUGUCCAGAGACCCCAGGUCAUCCUCGCGCUGCGGCUCCUGAUGGCCCCGGCUCCCAUGGCCUUACUGGCGCUGGCCAUGGUGGUGCUCUACCCCUACCCCGUCGGUGAAAAGCGGAGGAGACAGACAGCGGAGGAGAAGGCGGCGGCUGUUUGGAAUCGGCAGGGCGCUGAACUCUCAGACGUACAGGCAAUUUACACCCCAGAGGAUAUAACUGGGGAAAUCAGUUGCUCCCAGCCGCGAGUGCGAUGACAGCAGAAAGCUUGCUGACCGCUUUGGCCUCUGGUUUCUAAAGAGAGAGCUCUCUUGCAUCA